AUUCCCAUAAAUAGAACGCCAUUGAUUUUGCUGUUAUAAUUAUUUAAGAAUCCGACUGCCCGAAAAGUAUCUGACUGCUGCCUGUUGACGGCUCCUACUCCACCUUCUCAGCUGCCCGCUAUUCCCCGCCGUCGUUUUUGCGGGCAGCUCCAGACUUCAAUACUCACACAUCCCACCUCUCAUUUUCCCCUUGGAACUCCAUAUAUAUGCACAAUUGCAGACUCUCACAGUUCCCAAUUCUGCCACCACCAUCACGACCUCCGUCCACGGUGGUGCUAGAGGUGCCUCCUCCUUGCCCCAAAGCAGAACAGAAAUUCAGAUUUUUAUUGUGAAGGGGUGAGAUGGGUCAGGGACUCAGUUGUGGAACAAGUGAUGACCAUGGGUUAUUCAGUGCUGUUCAGUGUGGUGACGUGGAGACUGUGAAGACUCUGCUGGAGAGAAACUCGAGUCUUGUUCAUCGUUCUAGGGUUUAUGAUCGCCAGUCUGCUUUACAUAUUGCUGCUGCCAAUGGUCAAGUUGAGGUUGUUUCUAUGCUUAUAGACCAGUCCGUCAAUCCUGAUCUAUUGAAUCGGUAUAAGCAGACUCCAUUGAUGCUGGCAGCCAUGCACGGGAAGCUCUCUUGUGUGCAAAAGCUUAUUGAAGCAGGGGCUAAUAUUUUGAUGUUUGAUUCGCUUAAUGGAAGAACAUGCUUGCACUAUGCUGCCUAUUAUGGGCACUCUGAUUGUCUCAAAGAAAUUCUUUCUGCUGCUCGGACAUCUCAUGUUGCAUCUUCCUGGGGAUAUGCCCGGUUUGUGAACGUUAAAGAUGGUAAGGGCGCAACUCCUUUGCACUUAGCAGCACGUCAAAGACGGCCUGAAUGUGUUCAUAUUUUACUGGACAAUGGUGCUUUGGUCUAUGCUUCAACUGGUGAAUACGGUUUCCCCGGUAGCUCACCACUUCAUUUGGCUGCAAGAGCUGGUUCUCUUGAUUGCAUCCGCGAAUUGUUAGCCUGGGGUGCAGAUCGAUCACACAGAGAUGAUUCAGGGCGAAUACCAUUCACAGUUGCUUUAAGAUACAAACAUGGUGCGUGCGCAGUUUUGCUGAAUCCUUCAUCCGCAGAGCCUCUUGUCUGGCCAUCGUCAUUGAAGUUCGUCAGUGAGCUCAAUGAAGAGGCAAAGUCUUUGCUAGAACGUACCCUGAUGGAGGCUAACAAGGAGAGGGAAAAUAACAUCUUAAAAGGAACAGCUUAUUCGCCAAUCAAUUCUGAUGAUGGGAUGGAUGACAAUAUCUCUGAGGUGAGUGAUACAGAAGUUUGUUGUAUAUGCAUUGAUCAAUUAUGCAUGAUUCAGGUGCAGGACUGCGGGCACCAGAUGUGUGCACAUUGCAUACUGGCCUUGUGCUGUCAUAGCAAGCCUAAUACUAGUACAACUAGUCCUACCGAACCUCUGUGUCCAUUCUGCCGUAGUAAAAUUGUACAAUUGCAAGUUAUCAAGUUUGAAAAGGAUGAAGACACAAACCAUGAUAACUACUCUUCCAAGAUUAGGAAGUCUAGGAGGUCAAGAAACUUAAGCGAGGGCAGUAGUAGUUUUAAGAGCUUAUCUGCAGUGAGAUCUUUUGGUAAAAUGACUGGUCGUGGUUCGGGUAGGAUUGCUGCUGAAAACGAACAUAUUGAUAAAAGCCAAUAACCCUAGACUGAUAGCAUAAUUUGGCGAUUAAGAACAUCAACUGUGGAUGUCUUCUGCCCAAAUGAAAUAGAUCUUUCUCUCCAUUUGCUUGAUAGGAAAUAGGUGGAGUUAAAAUGAUCUGCACGUUUGGAUUGGUCGGUAGUAUAUUGUUUGUGUGAGUUAAAAGAAAACUCAUAAUAUUGUAGUAAAAUUCAUUUACUUGUGCUUGAUGAAGGAUGGUGCUUAAGGCCUAGUCGUUCUUUGGAAGAUAUAAAAUUCUUUGCAGUUGCUCA